AUGCUACGUUCCUUGCUUUCCUUGGGCCGCACAGGCGCCAGCGCCAACGACUACGUCUUUCCUAAAGUGGAUCCCAAAGAGGACGGCCCCGAAUGUUUAAAAGACUGCACCGACUGCACUGUGCAGUUUCCAUCAAAAGUCAAAGUCGAGGCUUCAAGACCUCUUUAUGGCCAAAUCAAAGAAUUUCACGCGCAUGUUCUCGUAGCAACGGGCCAAUCCGACUGGAAGGAAAAGGAUGUCGAAAAUGUGACAGGAAGUUUGAUGGAAGCUUUCAAUGGGGCGAGGUCAGAUCAUGGUCACAUCAAAGUCUCAGCAUCAAAUCUCACUCCUCCAGAACAACCAACCACAGACGAUAGUUCUAAGCAAGGUACAACAGUACUAAUUCUACCAUCAUUCACAUACGUCGACUCUGUCACACAGAUAGACGUUCAGGGCCUGAUCGCCAGAUUCAUCGACCACCCCAUCGACCAGAAAAAUGGAAACGGCACUAUCUCUCCCACGAGUGGGAUGAGCGCUCGACCCUGUGAACUCGACUAUGUAAUUUUACUCUGCUCGCACGGGCGCCGAGAUGCGCGCUGCGGCAUUACAGCACCACUCAUUAAGCGCGAGCUGGAGCGACAUCUCCGUCCGCUUGGACUGGAUCGGGAUGCGGAUGACUCCCGGGCUGGUGGGGCGGGCAUUUUCUUCGUGUCGCAUGUCGGCGGGCAUAAGUUCUCUGCGAAUGUUUUGAUCUAUCGUAAGAAGGAUCAGCAGAUGAUUUGGCUUGCGCGUGUACGGCCUGAGCAUUGUGAGGGCAUUGUUAAGUACACUAUUCUACAGGGGAAAGUCGUGCAUCCUGAGUCACAGUUGAGGGGUGGGUUUGAUAGGGCGAAAGGGUUGACGAGCUGGUAA